AUGAGUUCUGAUAUAAGUGACCAUAUUGUUGUAAAACCGAACAAAAGCGGUACGUUCCAGGUUGAACACUGUCAUUCCCAUAAUAAUUCAAAUGCUAUAGGACGAGGUUCAAGUCUUGAAGAGACUUUAGGUGAUAUGAGACGUGAAAAUUUUCGACUGAGACUGCUAUUGUAUAAUUAUGAAAGGGCUUAUCGUCAAGCUAAUGUACCACAGGAUAUGGAGUCAUCGAGAAUAUAUGCUGCUGAGUCUGAAAAUAUUCUCUUAAAGGAAGCGCUUAGUGAAAAAGAUACGCUAUUAAAUUUCUCAUCGAAAAUGAAUGACCAACUUCGUGAACAAAUAGAUGGUUUGAAACAAAAAAACGAUACUAUUGAAAAUGACUGGCGAAAAAAAUAUGAUAUUUUACACACUGAAUUUCAGUGUGCUCAAGAAAAAGUUCGCGCUUUGGAGAUGUCCAUAUUAGCCAAGGACACAGAAUUUGCAAAGUGUAAAAAUGAGUUUCAGAGUUCUAUAGCUAGACUUCAAGCGGAACUUGCAUUCAGCCAACAUAAUAAUAAACGUUACAGACGAGAAAUUCAAAUGUUUCGAACAGAAGCUGAUGAUUUACGUGCCACAUUAGAAUCUGUCAACAAGAGUCAUGUGAGCAUUGAUGUUAAAGACCUAAAAUCUGACAAUCUACUUACACCUGAACAGAACCUAUGGAAUCAAUCCCCGCAGUGUAAUCUGAAGACCCCGACCACCGUAUCUAGCUUAUCUCCAUCCUUUAGUACUUCAACCGGUCAUGAAAAUGGUGUUGUUAGGACUCCUUUGAAAGAAUUCAGUAGUCUACACAAUCAAAUUCCAAGUGAAGAAUCGUAUGCAAAGUUAACAGAUCGAUUGAAUUCAGCUCGGCAUUUGAUUUUAGAACUUGGAAACGAAAAGUUACGAACUGACAAACUUAUCACUUCAAUGAAGUCAACUCACGAAAAAGAAAUAUCAGCACUGAAAGAUAAAUGUGAAUUAAUUGAAGCUCAGUUGAUGAAGGAAAAUCAACUGAAUCAUGAAGAACUUUCUCGAAGAGAUACAGAAAUUGAGCGCUUAAAUAAUCAAAUCAAUGAAUUAAUUGAAAAGUUGAAUACAUCGUUAUCUGUUCGUGAAAAACUACACUUCGAUUUAGAUCAUUUAAGUGAACAAUUAGUAAGAACUAAACGUGAAUGUACAGAUCUACAGGAUCAAUUAAAUUCAUUAAAAAUCUCAGAUCAUCCAAAAUCUACUGAAACUGGAGAUGUGGAUAAGCAUAAUGAAAUGAAUGCUAUGUACACACCGCAGACAAAUUGUACAACCGAUAAUCAACAAACCAAUUCAAUAAGUCGCUUACGUAAUCUUUAUGAUUUAAUACAUGAUCUAAUGUUACGGUUGAAUGAUGUUCGUUUUACUCAGCAUUCAGUUGUGGAGAUGAUCAAUCGUAGUUUAGCAGCUGUAGAUAUUGAACAUUCUCAAGAAGUUUCUCCAUUACGUAAGGCUAUUUCAGUUUCUGGUGAAUUGGAUCGUCCAUCAUCAAAUGACAUUCCAUUGAGCUUAUCUCGAGCAAAUGCUACAUAUGGUGGAUUCAAUACUUUGUAUGAAAAUAUGAAUAAUAGCAUUUUAAAUCCUGUCGCAUCAAGUCUUUGUGAUCAUCCAACUUCAGAAUCUGUUGUGUCAACCGACUUGAAUGAAACUGUUGCUGAACUACGUUUCGGUUGUCCAAAGUCUCCAAUCAGUACUAAUUUAAAGUGUACUAAUACAGAAUAUAGUUUUCCUGAUAUCACAAAACCAUUUUCUAAGAAUCAAGCUAUUAACAAAGCUUUGAUAAAAAAUAUAAGUAUACGUAAAAAAUUGUUUGGUGUAUCACAGUUUAAAAAUCAAAUAAGAAAUUUUGUUGAAUCAUCGUCAAUGUGUGAAGAUUUGAAAAGUUAUGAACAGAAUUUAAAAAAACCCGAAAUAUUAUUCCACAGUUUUACAGAUGAUGUCUAUGAUACUAGUUUUAAUAGAUUGCCAAGGAAACCAAUAAAUGUCGGCGAUUUAACUAUGGUUGAAUGGGAGCAUAAAGAUAUAUUUGAACGUUUGUCCAUUGCAAUGUCAAGACUACGUGAUGCCAUUGAAGAAUGUUCAGAUAUUGGUUCGGAAUUUUGGGAUUUAGAUGUGAAAAAACAUAUAUCCGUUUUACUUACUAGUCAAAUGGAUUCAUUCCAUUCUCGUAUAAAUCGGCCUAAUGAUUCAAUAGGUGAUGUUGAUGGGGACUUGGUGGAUCUUGAUGCAAAGGAAGCUGGUAAAAUUGUUUUAAAAUCAGCCGAUUGCAGUGCUCGCUUCGAUAGUGGUCAGUUGCCUCCUUUCGAUCCAAUAGGUUUUAUCAGUCAAAAUGAAGAGGCUAGUUUAAGUCAAUUGUACGGAUCAGCCUGGCGUCACCCGAUGGGCGUUUCUACAAAAUUACAUGAUGUGAAAAAUCUUAAAAUGGUCAGUGAACAAUCACUCAAUCAAUCCUAUGCUGAGUUGAAUGGGUCUCUUAAAGAAUCAUCCAUCCAAUUGAUGAAUAGUCCUAAUAAUAUUAAUAACAAUAAUAAUAAAUCAUUUUGUGAAUCAAAUGAUUUAAACAAAAAAAUCAUCGCUUUAGAGACGGAGAAUUCCACUCUAAAGAAAAUCAUUGCAGAUAUGCAAGAUAAAAUGAAGGUUUCUGGAGUACUAAACCAAGGUGGUCAUAUUUCUCAUGAAAUCAUUCAUACUGAACCUGAUAGCUCUAUAUCAUUGACUCCGCAUAUUGUGUUUGAAAAUCAACGGAUUGAGGAGCUUUCAGACGUAUUAGCACAAUGUCAGCAAGAAAAUUGUGAAUUACGAAAAGAAUGCAGUCGUCUGCAUAAUGUACUUUCAACACCAACUGAUGAAAAUUUAGACAUUAGAAACACUGAAUUAUUUAAUAAUGUUUCAAUUCUCCAUACUGUUAUUAAACGUCUUCAAACUGUAGUUAACUCUGAAAGUGAAUCUGUAAAUGUGAUUGAUCUGGUUGAUAAUGUCACAUCAGAGCUUGUUGAAUCUCGGGAUUCAAUUACUAAUUUAAAAGAUCAAUUAAGCAAACUUGAAAAAUAUCUUAAUGAAUCAGUAUCAUUAUAUGAUUAUCAGUCUUUAGAAAAUGAAAUGGAAUCACUUCGACAAGAACUGCAUCAGGUAAUGAAUAAUAUUGAUCAGUAUAAAAUGGAUGUUCAAUAUGCAUGCGAUAAUUUAGCUCCUUUAUUACUAUUCAAUGAAUCUGUUUCCUUAAGAGUAUUAGUUGAUAAUGUAUUGAAAAAAUUCAAUGAUCAGAAAGUUUAUUCGAAUUCUCUUACCACUGAACUGCAAUCAAUAUUGCAUUCAGUUAAUGAUGAUCCAAUCCCAGAAACAUUUGAUGAAUGUAUUGAAAUAAUCAAGAAUAAUUUUUCAAAUUAUAAAGAAACUAUUGAUCAAUUGAAAGCUGAUAAAAUUCAUGCCAUAAAUAUGAUCAAGGGAUUAGCACCUGAAAAUGAAAAUUUAUCUACACUAUCUGAUUAUAUCAAUUGGUUUAUCGGUAUUUUUAACACGAAACAAUGUAAAUUUGAAACAUUAGAACAAGAAUAUUUAAUCAUACAAAAAUCAUUAUGUGAAUCAAUUCAAAAAUAUGAAAAUCUUGAAACUACUGUCAAUGAACUCAAUGAUAAACUUCAAAUAUCUCGAAAUCAAGUUGAAAGUUUAGAAACUGAAUUAGCUAGUUUUAUUCAGUCACAUGUACCAAUAAAAGAUUAUGAAUUAAUGGUGACACGAAUCAACUCAAUUGAAGAAGAUCUUUGUCAAGCUCAAUCAAAGGUUAUUAAAUAUGAACAAGAAAAUGAAUCUAUCAAGGAAUUAGUUGAAAGUACUUUAAUGAAACAAUCAAUCUGUUUAAAAGAUGAUAUUCAAGAGUUAUGUACAAAUUUAAAUUUCUGUAAAAAAUCUUUAGAAUCAAGUAAAGAUUCCAGUAAUAAAUUGAAAACAAAUUCAACACAAAUAGAAGGAGAUCACGGGAAAUUGGUUAUUGAACAAACUUCUUCGAUAAACAUACCUGAUGAUAAUCUGUCUGAAGUUGUCAAUGAAAAUGAUGCGCUGAAAAAUUGUUUAACUAAGGAAACUAUAUCAGAUAAAGUAGAUCUAGUCGCUCAGAAUCAUAUUCAAUCUAAUGAUGUUGAUAAACCUACUCUAAAUAUUCGUAAAUAUAAUGAAUUAAAAGCUGCAGCAUUUGAAAUUCGAAAUAAGCUGAUAAGUCGUACUCAGAAACUCGAAAAUGCUUUAAAAGAAGUGGAGAGACUUCGUGGUGUCAUACAACAGGAUAAAGAAAGAGCAAACACUGCUCUUGAAGAAGUUAAGGACUUACGUCAAAAAGUCCUCCGAAAGAAUCAACGAAUCAGAGAUUUGGAAAAUGAUCUUGCUCGUUUGAAAGCUUGCUCAUCUAAGGUGAAUAAUGUAGGGAAUAUUCAAAUUAAUGAUUCAUCUGCUCGCCUGUUAUCCGAACCAGAACAACGUCGAGGUUGUGUAGGUCGAUUGGAAUCAUUUGACCAAGUGAAUGCAGAUCAGUUGAACAGAAUACAUAGUUCUACAACAGCUUCUCUAUUACGUUGUCCUGCUACACCACAAAAUGAUUCCACUGAAAAUCUAUUAGAUCAAUUAGCAGAUUGUACUGUUUCUUAUGAUUCUGUUUCAAUCGAUAAUACUCAUGAUCCUGUUUCAUCAAUAAACCACGAUGAGUUGGCCGGUACAUUUCACAAUGAACAUUGCAAUCGAUGUGAUAAUUUAAAUAAAUUACUACCUGAAUUACAUAAUACAACUGUACAAUUGAAGAAAUUGAUCAAUUUGAAUUUAACUAAUGAAGAUUCUUUAUUAGAUGUGUUAAACAAUGUAGAACAAUAUGGUUCAUUGUCAUCAAUCACCAAUUCUCAAUCAUUAAUUGAUAAUCAUAUGAAAUUAACACUUCAUGAUAAUAUUGGUUCAAUUGAUCAAUCUGGUAUAAUGGAUAAUAUGAAAAUAUUUAUCGAGUCACUCCAUCAUGCUCAUGUACGAUUACACUAUUAUGCAAAGAAAAUGGAUCAUUUGUGUGUGUCUCUUGUGAAUCAAUGUGGAAAAUAUUCUUUGAAAAGUCAAAAAAUAUUAUCAAAUAAUGUUGACAGGUCAAUUGAUCUGCUCAAUAAUAUAAUUAAAAGAUUGGAAAGUUUAUGCAAUCAAAAUGUUGUAUUUGAUAACGAUAUUAUUGAAAGCAUUUUACGAGAUGCUCAUCAACUGCUCGAUUGGAUUAAACAUCUAGACAUGGAAGGUGUAAUUAAUGCAUUUGAUCUGACUAGAAAAGAAGGUGAUGUGGAUACUGAAAGUGGUCCACUGAAAGUGAAGUCAUUACUUAGUCCAGAUGAACGUCGAAAAUUAAAAAGUCAAAUCAAACAUUAUCGUCGUAAAUAUCAUCAGUUAUUGCAAAGUGUAGAUAUUGUAACGAAAAAUUUGGCGGAUACUACCAAUGUCAUAUCCAAUACACGUACUCACCUUGAAAAUGUUGCUGGCCUCAGCCCUAUAACGGAUCAAUCUGAAUCAAAACAGACAUAA